AUGUUAGUCAUCUUCAUGGAAGAUUGCAAGAUUACAAAUCCAGAUGAUUAUAACAAAAUUGUUUGUGCUGAAAUUCCAGAUUUAGACAAGUUUCCUGAUUUAUACGAAAAUGUUUCUAAACAUAUGAUGCAUGGACCUUGUGGAAUUUUAAAUCAAAAAAAUCCUUGUAUGCGCGAAGGUAAAUGCAAAAAUCGUUAUCCCUGCUCUUUUUCACCAAAAACAAUGCAAGGCAAAGACAGUUAUCCAAUUUAUAAGAAGAGUGAAGAAAGUUUUACUGUUAAUGUACGGAAUACUGUUUUGGAUAAUAGAUGGGUGGUACCUUAUAAUCCUUGUCUUUUGAGUCGAUAUAACUGCCAUAUUAAUAUUGAGAUAUGCUUAGGGGUGAAAGCAGUUAAGUAUCUUUAUAAAUAUAUUUAUAAGGGCCACGAUAAGAUUGUAGUUAACAUUAGUCAGAAUGAUGGAGAUAUCAUUAUUGAUGAAAUACAACAAUUCCAAGAUGCUCGGUGGGUAUCAGCACAAGAAGCCAUGUGGAGGAUAUUUGAAUUUGAUCUAAAUGAAAUCUACCCAGCAGUUAUAAAUUUGCAACUACAUUUGCCAAACAAUCAAUUUGUCUCCUAUUGGGAAAACCAAGACUUGGAGAACAUUAUUUAUUCUGAAACAGCUUCAAAAACAAUGCUCACAGAAUUUUUUACGUUUUGUUUGAAUGAUAAAUAUAAAAGGCAAUAUCUUUAUAGAGAAUUCCCAGAGCAUUUUGUAUGGAACAAACAAGGGAAGUAUUGGAAAGAAAGGAAAACAAGACAGGUUAUUGGUCAUAUAAACGAAGCAAACCCAUCUGAAGGUCAGAGAUAUUACUUGAGGCUUUUGUUAAACCAUGUUAGGAGUCCAACAUCUUUUGUUGAUUUAUUAAGCUACAAUGGUAUUCAAUUCUCUUCAUUUAAAGAAGCUACUGAAAAGAGAGGAUUGUUUCAAGGAGAUGAUUGGAUAUCAGAUUGA